AUAUAUUUAACACAAUAAAAAAAGACAUUAAAGAAGGAAAUUAAAUUAACAAGCAUUUAAUAUGACAUAUAAAUUAAAAAUCAUAAUUUUGCAGCAUAAAAAGAUAUUAAUUUUGCAAUAUUGUCAAAUUAUAAUCUGAAACAUCAAUUAAAUUUUAUUAUAAAUUGUAACCUUUUUCGCAAUUUAUAAAUUUUUAACUUAAAAACAAAACAUUACAUAUUAAUAUUACUUUAUUAAAUACGGUAAAGUUUAAUGAUAGAAUAAUGCUUAUAAAAAGAUUUUAUAAUAAUUAUAGCGAUGUUAUAAUUUUAUAUCUUGAACCGUUACCAUAAUUCUCAUAUUCUUAUGAAUUGAAAUUUUAACUUGAAAUAUAAUAAUAACAUGUUCGCAUACUAAUUGAACUGUAACAAAAUAAUAUAAAAAAAAGUAAUAACCAUUCCAAAAAAUAAAAGCUAUGGAUAAAAAAACAUAUAAAAAAUAUAAACGAAGGAUCGCACAAGCUGUAGCUAAAGUCGAUAAUAAGCCUCCAAGAUUUGAAGUGUCGGCAUAUUACAAACCGCAUAAUAUGAGAAGUGACAUAAAUCGAAUAAGAGAAAUCGACAAGCAAAAUAUAAAAUUAUUAAGGCGGAUGAAUAUAAUUACUCGAUUAAGGGCAAAUAUCGAUUGCUGGUUACCAAAGAUAAAAUAUAAAUCAAAACUUGAUAAUCAGGAAGUAAAAAAUACACAAGUUAUGAAAGAAAAUAAAAAUUUAUUACGAAAAAUUCGUAAAGCAAGUACUAAUUAUCCUACUGUCGAGUUUAUACAAGAUUGGAAAGAAAUGAAAAUGAAAAUGGAACACAAUAAAAGGAACACACCGUUUCAUCGAAUUGUAUCCGGUUACUGGUGUCAAGGUGGAGACGUUACAAAACUUAACGGAUGUGGAGGAAAGUCCAUAUAUGGUGAAUCAUUUGAGCAUGAGAACUACAACUUACGUCAUGCUGGUCCCGGAAUUUUGUCCAUGUGUAACGAAACUGAAAAUACAUGCAAUUCCAAAUUUAAUCUUACUUUUAGACAAUUGGAAACAGUAGAUGGGAAAAAUGUAGUUUUUGGGAAAGUGAUUGCAGGUCUCUCAAACAUUUAUAAGAUUGAAGAAUUUGGUACAAAAACAGGAAAACCAUUUAAAACAAUAAUUAUAUCCAAUUGUGGUAUUAUAUCAAGAUGUAUAAAAAAUAGAUAAAAAUCAAGCAAAGCAUAAAAAUUUCACUUAAUUGGUGAAAGGCUGAAGUCUUUAAUAGUAUAACAUCAAUGUUAAUAGUUUAAUUACUUUAUCGUAUAUAGAAAAACAUAAUUAUAUCAAUUACUUAAUUAAUUUUUCUCUCAAAUGUUCUUUCUUUAUAUCUGUACAUUGUAUAAAAACAUAAAACAUUAAAAAAUAUAUUUAAUUUGUGUAUAAUAUUUAAUAAUAAACCGUACUUUAUUAUAUUAAAUUAUAUUUCUUGUAACGUGAUUGUUAUUUUUAUUUAACGUCUUCGAUACGGCGCUUGUUCU